AUGGCAGCCCAAACCCAGGCGAGCGCGGGCGCAAGCCCCUACGACAGCUACCAAACCUCGCUGACCACCCGGUACACGAGCCCCGAGAUGUCUCGGCUAUUCAGCCAGCGCUCCCGGCACUCGCAAUGGCGCAAGCUGUGGCUCCUCCUGGCCGAGAGCGAGCAGGAGCUUGGGAUCGACAUCAUCACGCCCGAAGCGCUCGCACAGAUGCGAGAGCACCUCGAGGUCAGCGAUGCCGAUUUCGAGACGGCCAGGAUUGAGGAAAAGCGCCGCCGCCACGAUGUCAUGGCCCAUGUUCACGCUUUCGGAGCCGUUGCGCCGGCGGCUGCUGGUAUCAUUCACCUUGGCGCAACCAGCUGCUUUGUGACUGAUAAUACGGAGCUCAUCCUUAUGCGCGACGCAAUGGAUCUCCUCCUCCCCAGACUUGCCAAGGUGAUUGACAACUUUGCCAGGUUCGCAAUGGAGUGGAAGCAGCAGCCGACUCUUGCAUACACCCACCUCCAACCAGCACAACUCAUCACUGUCGGUAAGCGAGCAGCCCAGUGGGCGCAAGACCUGGUGUUGGAUCUUGAGAACAUUGAAAUUGCUCGAAACGGGCUCAAGCUACGAGGCGCGCAAGGAACAACUGGAACGCAAGCAACCUUCCUCGAGAUUUUCGAAGGCGAUGGGUCCAAGUGUGACCAGCUCAACGAGCUUCUUUGCAAGAAGACUGGUUUCUCAAGCUGCUAUGAUAUUUCUACGCAGACAUACACUCGCAAGGUAGACUUGAUUGUCUCCAACGCCAUUUGCGGUCUGGGUGCAACGGCCCAGAAGAUCACAGGUGAUAUCCGUCACCUGGCUGCCUGGAAAGAGAUUGAAGAGCCUUUUGAGAAGGACCAGAUUGGAUCAUCGGCCAUGGCCUAUAAGCGCAAUCCCAUGCGAUCCGAGAGAGUGUACAGUCUUGCCCGAGAGCUUCUGUCAAAGCCCUUGAACUUUGCGAACACUCUGUCCGACCAGUGGAUGGAACGCACUCUGGAUGACAGCGCUAUCCGCCGUAUUGAUAUUCCCGAGAUGUUCCUGCUGGCUUCGGGCAUUCUCAUCGGCCUUGAGAAUGUUAGCAGUGGCCUUGCUGUGUACCCGGCUCGUAUCAACGCUCGUGUCCAGGAUGAGCUCCCUUUCAUGAUCACAGAGAGCAUUAUCAACAAGCUCGUCGUCAGUGGUGCCUCAAGACAGGACGCUCAUGAAGAAGUCCGUGUUCUGUCCCACCAGGCCGGUCAUGUUGUCAAGAAUGAAGGCAAGCCAAAUGACUUGGUAGCUCGAAUGAAGGCCACAGAGUUCUUCAAACCUGUCUGGGGUGAGAUUGAUGACAUGCUGAAGGCGGAAUUGUACAUUGGUCGGAGCGUAGAUAUCGUCACCAAGUAUUGCGGCCCAGGUGGAGUGAUUGAGGAGAAGUUGAAGCCUUACAAGAGCGAGAUUGAAAGCUCUGCGGCCGCUGAGCUUCAUGUAUAA